GCUGCCCGCCGCCCGCCGCGCCGGAGCCCGUGGCGCGCCGCCCAUGCGAGACCCCCGCGGCCCAGGCAGCGCGCAGCGACCCCCGGCCGGGCCAGGCAUGUGAAGAUGUCAGUGGGCUGUGCAUGCCCUGGCUGUUCCUCUAAGUCAUUCAAGCUGUACUCGCCAAAGGAGCCCCCGAACGGCAACGCCUUUCCCCCAUUCCACCCAGGCACCAUGCUGGAUCGAGAUGUGGGACCUACUCCCAUGUAUCCACCAACGUACCUGGAGCCUGGAAUCGGGAGGCACACGCCGUACGGGAACCAGACCGACUACAGGAUAUUUGAGCUCAACAAGCGGCUGCAGAACUGGACAGAGGAAUGUGACAAUCUGUGGUGGGAUGCCUUCACCACAGAGUUCUUCGAGGAUGACGCCAUGUUAACAAUCACUUUCUGCUUGGAGGAUGGACCAAAGAGAUACACCAUCGGCCGGACUCUGAUUCCCCGUUACUUCCGCAGCAUCUUUGAAGGGGGAGCCACGGAGCUCUACUAUGUGCUCAAGCACCCCAAGGAGUCCUUCCACAACAACUUUGUCUCGCUGGACUGCGACCAGUGCACCAUGGUUACCCAGCACGGCAAGCCCAUGUUCACCCAGGUGUGUGUGGAGGGGCGGCUGUACCUGGAGUUCAUGUUUGACGACAUGAUGAGGAUAAAGACGUGGCAUUUCAGCAUCCGCCAGCAUCGAGAGCUCAUCCCCCGCAGCAUCCUUGCCAUGCAUGCACAGGACCCCCAGAUGCUGGACCAGUUAUCCAAGAACAUCACUCGCUGUGGGCUCUCAAACUCCACACUCAACUACCUCCGACUCUGUGUAAUCCUAGAACCAAUGCAGGAGCUCAUGUCACGGCACAAGACCUACAGCCUCAGUCCCCGGGACUGCCUCAAGACUUGCCUCUUCCAGAAGUGGCAGCGGAUGGUGGCUCCGCCUGCGGAGCCGGCACGGCAGCAGCCCAGCAAGCGCCGGAAAAGGAAGAUGUCAGGGGGCAGCACCAUGAGCUCUGGCGGGGGAAACACCAACAACAGCAACAGCAAGAAGAAGAGCCCGGCCAGCACCUUUGCCCUGUCCAGUCAGGUACCUGAUGUGAUGGUGGUAGGCGAGCCCACGCUGAUGGGGGGGGAGUUUGGGGACGAAGACGAGCGGCUCAUCACCCGGCUGGAGAACACGCAGUUUGACGCCGCCAACGGCAUCGACGACGAGGACAGCUUCAACAACUCGCCAGCGCUGGGGGCCAACAGCCCCUGGAACAGCAAACCGCCCUCCAGCCAGGAGAGCAAGUCAGAGAACCCCACGUCGCAGGCGUCGCAGUAACGGCCCCCCCGCCGCCCCGUGGACUCAGUCCCAACCGAUCUACCUGUACAUUUGCAACGGAGAGUGACCGGGGAGUGGCGAGGGGCCGGGGCCGGACUGCCGGGGCCCAGGGCACGCCGGGUGGGCAGCCCCCAGCCCUCUCCCCGCCGCCUCCCCUCUCCCCCUGCGCCUGCCUCCCUGCUGGAACCCGGGGCAGGGCUGGGUUUCCAGGGCCGUAGCUUCAUCGUUCCCUUUUCUCCCUCUUCCUCCCUGCUUCUUCCCCGGAGAGCUUCUCCUCCGGGCCCUGAUGUGCCAGGCCCCUGCCUGCUGAGCAGGGGGAGUUAGGAGGGAGGUGUUGGCAGUGGCUGGCGCGGCUGGGGAGCCGGUGGCACGCGUGUGCCGUGUGUUGGGGUCUGGCACAGCCCAGAGAUCCUCCUGCUCCUCCUCUACCCUGGGUCCUAGGGCUGGGUUUUGCUGAGCAACCGACUGCAGCAGGGUUGCGCAUCCCCUGCCCAACCUGGGGCUGGCCAGGGGCGGGGGGACAGCAGUGGAAAGCCUUCCCCAUGCUGCCCACUCUGCCACGGCUCCUCUUUCAGCCAGGGUCGGAUCCUGCUGCGCUGGGGCGGUGUCGAGGACAGGGCCCCGUCGCAUUUCCCCGCUCUCCUGCACCCUCCUCUCCCAGUUGCUGCCCAGGGGCGAGAGCUCAGGGGCCGUGGGGGGACUGUGUAUAUAGGAUGGGAGGAAGGAGGGGGCCGGGGGGCGUGGACGAGCCGCAACUCUGCCAGUACAGCCGGUGCCCUGGCUCCCUGCCCACAGUCCCCGCGUUCCCCCCGCCCCGCGUGGGUCCACCUGGGGCCCCUUUGCAACCCCCGGCUCCCGGUACCUCCUACUUUUGUCUUUUUUUAAGAAAAAAAAUUAAUAUUAUUAAAAUAUUAAAAAAAAAAUGGGACAAGCCCCUUCCCCCCUCCCCACAGCCCCCCCUCGCCGGUUCUCCCCUCCCCACCCCGAGCCCUCCCACCCUGUCCUGACUUUUGUACAGGCUUCUUCUCUUGGGAGUCUCGUUUUAUAUCCAGUUCGGAGAGCUUCAAACCAAGGAGAGACUUUGCAGACUUCCUUUCUAAUCCCUCCAGGGGCCGGGGAGGCAGCCCCCUGCCCCCCUCCUCCAUGUAAAUCUUGUGUGCUGUUGUCCCCGCUCCCCCCGCCUCGGGUUCGUGUACCUCGUGCUUGUACAUUUCCGCGCUGUAGACAGUGUGUACGAUACUGUUCUUUCAAUGUGUUAUCACUAGAGCAGGUGCCUCCAUUGAUGUUAGGGGAAACCAGAAGAGAAAUAAUAAUUUUUGGGGGUUUUUUUGGUUUUAAAAAAAAAAAGAGAAAAAGAAAAAAAAAAAAACCCUGAUAAUCCCUUCCAAGGCUUCUUCCGAGGAGAAGAGGGGAGGUGCCAGGGAGGGCGUCUGCGCUCACCAGCUCAGCCCUGCAGCCUCGGAGAGAGCCAGGGGUGGGGGCAGCCCGUGGGCACCCCCCGGUGCAGCCCCAGGUGAGGUGCAGCAGGGGUGGCCCGGGAGGGGGGCAUCGCCCUGGGGUGUGGGGGGAGUGUGCGAGAGUGAGUGUGUGAGAGGUUUGUGUCUGUCUGCGUGUGUGUGUAAGGGAGCCCCGGGCAGGGAGCAGCCCUGCGGUUUGGGGCAGGGAGGGACCCCCCACUCUGCACCAGCCUCCCCAGGCAGGGAUCCCGCAGCACGUGUCCCGCCGCCCCGUGGGGUGGGGGGCUGCCAGGUGUCUGUCGCCAAGGGACUGCCUCACUCAUGGCUGAGACUGCAGUGGGUGGCCAGGCUGGGGGGAGGAGGACACCCUGCGUCCCCCCUCCCGCUGCCCCUGGGGUCGGGUGGGGAGACGGGGGCCUCAUGACUCAGUCCUGGCCUCAUCUCAAGCCCAGAACUCCCUGGAGCGACCCCUGCGUCAGCUCCUGGGCCCCAGAGGACUCAUCCCCACAGGCACGGGGGGCCCACGGCCCCGUUGCAGGUGGGGGGUGGGUGCUGCCCGGGUGGGAGCAGCGAGGGGGGUCUCUGCAGUUAAGGUACGAUAGUGGCUGCGCUGCAGGGCUCCCGGGGAGGGUGCGAGCCCCCCUGCCCCUCCCCCAGGCACACUGAAAUGCCUUUUGAUUUCUUUUUUUUUGUUUCUUUUUUCCCCCCUUCCUCCCCUCCAUAGUUUGUGCCAUUUAUGAGUCAUGUAUGGUACCAAUAAAAUGACUUUUCGGUUU